ACGGCCGCCACCAUGGACGUUCGGGUGUUGUGGGCUGGUGUGCUGGUGGCACUGCUGGUGGCAGAGCUCGUGCUGAGCGCACCACAGUACAGUGGGGACCCAGGCGAGGGCCGCACAUUUGGCCUGCUGCACAAGAAGAAGAAGAAAAAGCUUGGAUGCCGUGGACGCUCCUUACAGGAGGGCCGCACGUUCGUGGUGGUGUACAACAACGUGAACAGCGGCGGAGGCGGCUACGGGGGCGGUGGUCACGGUGACGGGGGCGGCGGCGGCGACGACGGGGACGACGUGGACGAGGGCCCGGGGGACUACGGCGACCCCGCCGCCAGCAACGACGAUUGCAACACGGGGGACGGAGGCCUGUUCCACGGUGGCCUCCUCGGCGGCCUGCUGGGCGACCACGGUGGGGGCGGAGGAGGCGGAGGGUCCCGGUACUUCAACGCCGACCGCUACCUGCGCUCCUUCUACCGCGCCCUCAGGCCCAUCUACAGGCUGUUCUGACGCGUGCACGGCUCAGCGCGAGGCGUAGCGUUUAACAGCAACUCACUUUCGUCUGCAUCCGUACCACACACCACGAAGAAUAAUUUGUUUCAUGUCCCAUACAUUAUUUUCUCUACGUAUCGUAAUUGUUUAAAAUGAUUCA